AUGAACACCGUCCAAGACCCCACCGACGCCAUGGUCGCUUCAUUCUCCGCACCGACAUUCGAAGUCAAUGACCCCUGGGGCACCAAUACCGCGCGAGGAGGACUCGACCCUAUGGACCUCAGCAGUAUUCUCUCUGGAAUGCCUCUGCCAACCAUCUAUACCACAGCGUUCGAUCUUGCACAACCCGUUGGCGGUAGGAUUACCGUCUCGGCACUCAACAAAAUUAUCGCCGUGUCUGGAUUGCCACACGGGACCGUCAACCAGAUACUUAAUAUCGUGGUGACGCCGACGCAAUCCAGGAUCUCCAAGGGAGAAUGCAGUGUGACCUUGGCGCUUGUAGCAAUGGCACAAAAGAACAUGGAUCUCACGGUCGAGAACCUGAUUGCCCACCGAGAAGACUUGCCGAUCCCACACCUGCCAGGGCUAGAAUCGAUCGAUUUCGGGAGUUCGAACGAUUCAACCUUGUACCCAACCACGCCAGUGGUGCCUCGACACCAUCCCAUCCAUUCGGAUACAACUGUUUCAGAUCCAUGGAGAAACUCGACCAUUUCAACCCCCAAAGGCAAUGGCUAUCCUCCAGCACCAUCCUAUUUGGCUUCCCCUCCGAUCAGAGCGACCGAGAUCCUGCCUCAGUCAGCAGAUCCCGAAGCGACACGCAAGGAGAUGUAUCAAUGGUUCCUGAAUCUUGAUGUUAUCCGUAUCAGCUUUGCGCCCGAAAAAGAGGGCGUGUUCUUGUUCAAACACGUCAACUACAUUGUUGAAUCCAAGAAUCGACAAACGACGGUGAUCAGGAGAUACAGUGACUUUUGGUGGCUGCUGGAAGUCCUCGCAAAGAGAUUCCCGUUCAGGAUCCUUCCCAACCUGCCACCCAAAAGGAUAGGAAUUGCGGACGAGAUAUUCUUGGAACGAAGAAUCCGUGGACUCACGAGAUUUAUGAACGCGUUGGUCCGACACCCCGUCCUGAGGAGUGAUCCUCUCGUAGUGUCAUUUUUGACAGAGCCGGUGGAAUUGGCGAUCUGGAGAAAAGAUAUUGUAGUUUCCACAGAAGACGAGUUCACGACGAGACUGCCGAUUGCGUCGUCCUUGUCGAAACAGAUCCCGAUGACAUUGGAGUUGGAGGUAGAAGCGGUCAAGAGACGAUUGCCGGCAUCGAUCGAGUACUACCGUACCAUGGUGGCAACCCUAGACCGGAUCCAGAAGCGUUCAGAGGCCAGUGCGGCCGAUUAUACCCGUUUCAGUCUCGCCGUUGGAGCAUUGGCAGACUGUGAGAAGCAAUGCCACGUUGACGAUUGUUAUAACUGCGGACAGCUCAGCCAAGCAUACGGCAAGAUUGGAACUCAUUUUAGCCAAGCCUCGACAUUGAUAGACAUCCAGGCCCGUGCAGCACAACAGGGGAUGAUAGAAAGUCUGAAGCGACACCGGGACCUGUUGAUCUCUGUCCGGGAGCUCUUCCAGCGGCGGGAUCGAAUCCGGGAGGGUAAUAUGGCCGAGAUGUUGAAGAAGCGGAUUGCGUCGAACGAGGCGAAACUCAAGACGCUGAGGACUUCUGCGACCAAUGCUGCUGGUGGAGGAGGAGGAGCAUCAGGAAAUGCAAAUGGAGGAGGAGUGACAGGAUCUAAUUCUGCGUCGAUAGGGUUGUAUGAUGCUCAGAUCGAGAAGGUCACCAACAACAUCAACUCUGAUCGCGCAGAGCUAGAGAUUCAGGGACAAAGAGCAGUGCUUCUGCAACAUACGCUGUGGAUGGAGAUCACAUAUUACCACAAGAGCCAUUCAUUGAUCGCAGGAAUGUACCAGACCUAUGUACACGAGCAGAUGAAGUCGAGCCAAAGUCUUUUCGAUAACUGGAAGUCGCUAUCGCCAAUUGUUCAUGAUAUGCCCAUGGAAGUCAACGGAUUCAACUGA